AUGUCGAAGGAUAAUAUUGAACGACUUCGCGCCAAACGAGGCGGUUAUCGUGGCGUUUGUACGCUUAAAGAAGCACUCGAGCUUCUGGAUGCCACUGAAGUAGACAUCGAACGAUGUAAUGUCAUCGCUGAACAACUCGAGUGUAAGAUGAAGAUCUUAGACGAAAUAAACGACGAAAUCAUUGGGAUAUGCGAUGUAACGGAUAUUGAACACGAAAUUGAAGAAGCAGCCGCCGUCUCGGAUAGAAUUCUAAGCACUAGACGUAAAAUCGAAGGAGCAAGAAAACCGGAGAUUUGUCAAGAAACUAUAAAAAGAAGGCAAAGUCCUACACCACAAGUCGAACAGAUUCCUUUAGUGGUAGCAACAGCAAGCACGAGUAACACAACGAUAAGCAACGAUGAGAAUAAUACGUACGCGGAUGCUGUUAAUACGAACACGAAUGCGGUGAACACGAAUACGAAUGCGGUUAAUACGAACACGAAUACGGUCUAUACGAACACGAAUACGGUCUAUACGAACACGAAUGCUAUUGAUACGAUUACGAAUGAAGUGAUAAAUGCGAAUUCUACGAUUUUGAAUGCCCCUGUCAGAACAACACCAGCGAUAAUGAUGCCAAAGCUUCCCAAACUUCAAUUGCCAAAAUUCAGUGGAAAGAUCACAGAAUGGAACGCCUUUUGGGACUUAUACAAUGCUACGAUUCACAGCAACGAGAGUAUGUCUAAGGUAAACAAAUUCAAUUAUCUAUUCUCAUUGCUUGAGGGUAGUGCAGCACGUUCGAUAAAGGGACUUACCUUAACAUCCGCAAAUUAUGACGCAGCAAUUGCGAUUCUGCAAGAUAGAUUUGAUCGAACCCAACAGGUCAUUGCCGCACAUAUGGAUCAAAUCCUACAAAUAUCUGCAUGUUCUGAAAAUCGUACUGGGCAAUUGAGAUAUGUUUUCGAUCAAAUAAGUGUUCAAGUGCGAGGACUUGAUUCGCUUGGGGUAUCUGCAAACCAGUACGGCAGUCUGCUCAUACCAAUUAUUAUGUCCAAACUACCGAGUGAAAUAAGAUUGCAGGUAGCACGAAAAGCUACUGGUGAUGUUUGGCAAAUUGAAGAGUUACUCAAAACCAUAAAGUUUGAAGUUGAGGCACGUGAAAUGAGCGAGUCAUCGCGUUCAAUUGAGAAACCCCAGAACAAAGAUAAGCCCAACAAGCCAUCGACAGCUGGAACAUUUGUAGUGACGAAAAAUGAUAAAGACGGUGCCCAUAGCUUCAAGGUUAAAUGCGUUUACUGUCAAGGAUCACAUUAUUCAGCAUCUUGUGAAGAGGUAAAGGGAAGGGAAGCCCGAGUUAAAAUUCUAAGGGACUCCAACCGUUGCUUUAUUUGUCUAAAAAAGGGACACCAAGCAAACAAGUGUAUAGUCACAAGAAAAUGUCGACAUUGUUCCGGGAGGCAUCACCAAUCUAUUUGCAGCUAUCCUGCUACCAACAGUCAGGGUGUCCAAAAUGAAAAAGCAAUUGAUAACACCUAUCCACAGAAGGUAUCAGAAGGUGUAAACUCUCCAACCACAACAGCUGUCACACGAACUGUCAAGGGAAGUGUUCUUUUGCAGACAGCCAGAGCUCUCGUAUCAAACGGAUCAAAAUCGGUUCCAGCACGAGUUCUCUUUGACACUGGAAGCCAAAGGUCUUACAUUCGAAGGUCACUUCAAGGCCGGUUAAGGUUAAAUUCAAUUGGUAAGGAGACACUUCAAUUAAAUACCUUUGGCCAAAGCAAGAGUAAACGAGAAAGCUGCGAAGUGUUCAAGGUGAGCAUUGCAAACAAGAGUGGAGGUGAGGUAGUAGAGAUUAAAGCAAUUGCAUUUCCAACAAUAUGUGCACCACUUCCUACAAGGAUAAAUAUAGACGAAUAUCCACAUCUCCAUAGUUUAGAACUUGCAGACUUUGAUUCUUCCGAUAAAAAUGGUAGCUGUGAUUCAAUCGACAUCUUGAUAGGAGGUGAUCAUUAUUGGGACGUAGUCACAGGUGAUGUCGUACGAGGAGAAAAUGGUCCAACAGCGAUGAGCAGCAAAUUGGGAUGGCUUUUGUCUGGAUGGUCAUCACAAAAAUCAGACGGACAUACUCUGAACAGCCUCAUUUUAGCAGCCGACUGCCUUGAUAAUUCUACUGUCGUAACCGAUAGGGAUGAGUUAACAAUAUCAUUGAAGCGUUUUGGGAAACUGAGAGCGUUGGCAUUGACUCCUUUGACUCAGAGAACUCACCCGAGGAACAAGAUUUUGUGCAAAUAUUCAAUUCACUGGAACACGCUACGAAGUUGGUCUGCCGUGGAAAAUGAUCAUGUGCAAAUUGAUGACGAUUACGAACUCUGUCAUAAUAGAUUGAGAUCAUUGCAUCGAAAACUGCUAAAGGAUCCACAAAAUCUUGAAGAAUACAAUAAUGGUAUUACUGAACAAUUGGCAGCAGGAAUAGUCGAAAGGGUUCCGGCAUCUGAUAAGGAUUGUGGUAAAAUUCACUAUCUUCCCCAUCAUUGUGUCAUACGAAAGGAUAAGGUUACUACGAAGCUACGCGUUGUAUAUGAUGGAUCUGCUACGACGAACUUGCGCAAAUUUUCACUAAACGAUUGCUUACUGACCGGGCCGAACCUCAUUCCACAAAUCUUUGAUUUGCUCGUCAAAUUUCGACAAAACAAGAUUGGGGACGCUAGGGAUCCUCAUUCAGAAGUAUUAAAGCUAAGGUUUUGUCGAUUGGUUUUUGGUCUACGACCUUCGCCAGCAAUUCUAGGAGCUACUAUCAACCAUCAUUUGAAGACACACGAGAAGCAGGAGCCAGAAACUGUUGAACACUUGAAAAAUUCUCUGUAUGUCGAUGAUUUUGUGUCCGGUGCUGAAACCGAUGAAACCGCUUUGCAAAUAUACAAGGGAACAAAGCAGUUGAUGGCCAAGGGUGGAUUCAACUUGCGAAAAUGGAACUCGAAUUCCAGUAACGUAGUGAAGUCUAUCGAAGCGUUAGAAGGUAAAAAGAAUUUGAGCUUGAUUAGUGACAAAUCAAGCGUUACUCAAGAUGAUCAGUCCUUUACAAAGUCGACAAUUGCAAAAGAGUCACUGCUCACGGAACCCACUCAAGUCAAAGUACUAGGAAUGGUGUGGGAUACGGUGGAGGACACAUUUCUAUUCAAUUUGACUGAAAUAAUCGAGUACGCCAAUUCUUUACCUGUCACAAAGCGAUCGUUGUUGAAAUGGUCAUCUAAAAUCUUCGAUCCCCUUGGAUUCUUGUCUCUUUUUACGAUAAGGCUUAAGAUUCUGUUUCAAAUCAUGUGCUUGGAUAGAUUGGGAUGGGACUGUGAACUGCAUGGCAAUCUACGUGAACAGUGGAACGUUUUAUUGUCAGAGUUAAAGUUUCUAAAUGAUGUUCGUGUACCGAGGUGCUAUUAUCUACUCCAACCGAAAUACCUUACUACACAAGUUCAUGGAUUCAGUGAUGCAUCUGAAAGUGCAAUUGGUGCUGUUGUCUAUGUAAGAACAGUCUAUGAGAAUGGUACCAUCGACGUGAAAUUAAUCGCUUCAAAGACAAAGGUCGCACCAGUGAAAAAGCAAACGAUUCCCCGUUUAGAGCUGGUGGCAGCGACUGUACUAGCGAACACUCCACUGGAUACGAAACGAUCGAGCAUGGAAACCAUUCGUGCAGCAUCGAGUGAACAAGAUUCGAAAUUUACCCUCACGAGGUAUUUCUGGGCAACUACUUUCGAAUUCUUCCUUAUGGUUCAAUGGACCCAAAUUCUUGGCAAGGGCGAAGAAGAGUGGCCAAAACGUCCAGUUGGCAACCUCUCACAAAGUGACGAAGUUCUGAGGGAAAUUGUGAAAGAGCAUCCGAAUGUCGUAAGAUCACUAGUUUCGAAUGAAAUCGAACAACGAGCCAUGCCAGAUCUUAACAAAGCAAUCGACAUUACUCGUUAUAGCUCCAUGAAGAAACUUCUUCGAACAACUGCUUAUGUAAUGAGAUUCAUCAACAUAUUAAAGAAGAUGCCACGGUGCGAGCGAACAACAAACAAACUCACAACCUCAGAAGAACUAAGCUCAGACGAAAUAAGGAAGGCGCAGCUGCUGUGGAUAAGGUCUAUUCAACAACUAUCCUUUGAAAAGGAAAUACUAUUCCUUCUGUCAAAGAAUAUGAAUUCUUCAAUACCCAUUUACGUUAAACAAUUUGGGCUAUUUCUCGACGGUGAUCACGUGCUGCGGUGCCGUGGGAGACUGAAGAAUUCAUUGCUGAAUCUGGAGAGCAAAAAUCCUGUAUUGCUUCCAAAGGAAUCAAGAUUUGUGGAGUUAUUAAUAUGCGAGGUUCACCACAAUGUGAAGCACAGCGGGAUUCGUGAUACACUAACAACCAUUAGAGAGCAUUUUUGGAUAAUCCGUGGUCGAGAAGCAGUAAAGAAAAUAGUCAGGAAAUGUGUCGUUUGUCGUAAAGCCGAAGGUCUUCCUUAUGAGGGAACGCCUCCUCUAGAUCUUCCUGUUAGCAGAGUGUCGGAUGAUCCCCCUUUCACAAACGUAAGUUUGGACUUUGCAGGACCGUUGUUCGUACGAGAGAGUUGUGAAAGGAAUAAUUUGUCGGAUAAUCCAACAAAGGUGUAUAUUCUAUUGUUUACGUGUGCGUCUACUAGAGCCAUUCAUCUGGAGCUCACUCCUUCCUUAAGCGUUCCAGCCUUUCUCCGCGCGUUCCGCAGAUACGCUAGUCGACGAGCACUGCCAGCUCUUCUUAUAUCCGAUAAUGCUAAGACUUUCCUAGCUGCAUGCUUAGAAAUUCGCAAGUUAUGUCGUUCUGAGGAAGUGUUGCGCUAUCUUGCAAACCAUCAGAUUACAUGGCAAUUUAUCGUCGAAAAGGCCCCUUGGUGGGGAGGCUUCUGGGAACGUUUGAUUCGAAGCGUGAAACGUCCGUUGCGAAAGGUAGUUGGUAGAACCAAUCUAACCUACGACGAGUUGCAUACUAUUGUGGUUGAAAUCGAGGGCGUAAUAAAUGCACGACCCCUAACCUACGUGUACGACGAUGAAGAAGCUGUAUCUCUUCCGCUAAGCCCGUCGCACUUGGUGUAUGGAAGACGAAUAACGACCAUGCCAAACACCUUACGAGAGCAAUACACUUCAAAAUCAAGAGGUAAUCAAAAUCCCGAAAUAGCAGUUGGAGAUAUCGUCAUUAUUCGCAACGAUCAAACAAAACGUAUCUUUUGGAAGGUGGCGAAGGUUGAACAAUUGUUACAAGGUGGCGAUGGAAUUACACGAGCUGCACAAGUCAGAGUCCUUCGUGGAGACUCUAGUCAUUCACACUUGUUGCGGCGUUCUAUCAGGCAACUUAUUCCAAUUGAGGUUCAUCAGGAAGAAGACAUUAACGAAAGAGUAGAAAACGAUAAGAAAGGCGAAAAGGAACAAGUCCUUCGUCCAACUGAUCGACCACAACGCAGCGCGGGAAUAACAGGACAAUUGCGAAGAUUGCAGAAUACAAACAAGUUCUAA